GCUUGAAGGCAGCAGAGAGCCAGCUCCUCUUCAAUCUCAGACUCUGGCGUGGCUGCAUGUGGGCACACGUCUGUCGGAGUCACCUUAGUUUCUUUUAAUUACAAGGCUUUAAUAAACUUUAAAAAUGGCUGGAGCAAUUAUUGAGAAUAUGAGCACGAAGAAGUUGGUGAUUGUCGGAGUUAUUCUGCUCUUAUUCCAAGUGUUUUCGUUCCUUGUUGGAGGCUUGAUUGCUCCGAGCCCCACCACCGCUAUCCACUACCUGGCCAUGAAGUGCGUCGAUGCUCGCAAAGUCCAGCAGUCCAAGUGGUUCAUGCCUUGGGGCCCCAACCAGUGCAAUAAGAUCCGAGACUUCGACGAGGCCAUGGUGAGGAUGAUUGAGGCCAACGACAUCGUGUUCGCCGUCCACAUCCCACUGCCCAACAAGGAGAUGAGCCCCUGGUUUCAGUUCAUGCUGGUCAUCAUGCAGUUCGACAUUGCCUUCAAAGUCGUCAACCAAAUUGAGGAUGGAGCAGAGGUCACCAUCGAUGUAGGCCUGGCGUAUCGAGACGACUCGGUCAGCGAAUGGACGGAGAUGGCACACUCCAUCGAGAAGCGGAAACUGAGCUGCAACUUCACCACCAGCAAGACGUACGAGAACGAGGGGAGGUACUACGAGUGUGACCUCCUCCCCUUCAUGGAGCUGGGGAGUGUGGCCCACAAGUACUACCUGCUCAACAUCCGCCUUCCGGUGAGCGAGCGCAAGCGGGUCAACGUGGGCAUCGGAGAAAUCAAGGACAUCAGGCUGGUGGGUAUCCAUCAGAACGGGGGCUUCACAAAGGUGUGGUUCGCCAUGAAGACCUUCCUCACCCCCAGCAUCCUCAUCAUCAUGGUGUGGUACUGGAGACGCAUCACCCUAAUGACACGCCCCCCUGUCCUGCUGGAGAAGGUGAUCUUUGCAUUGGGGAUCUCCAUGACCUUCAUUAACAUCCCUGUGGAGUGGUUCUCCGUGGGCUUCAACUGGACCUGGAUGCUGCUGUUCGGGGACAUCCGGCAGGGCAUCUUCUACGCCAUGCUGCUGUCCUUCUGGAUCAUCUUCUGCGGAGAACACCUGAUGGAUCAGACGGAAAGGAACCGAUUUGCUGUGUACUGGAAGCAGGUUGGGCCCAUCGUCUUUGGCUCCUUCUGCCUGUUCAUCUUCGAUAUGUGUGAAAGAGGGGUGCAGCUGAAGAAUCCCUUCUACAGUAUCUGGGCCUCGGAUGUCGGGACAGAACUUGCCGUAUCCUUUCUUCCCAUGGCCUUCAUCAUCGUGGCGGGGAUCUGCGCCUGCCUCUACUUCCUCUUCCUGUGCUUCAUGGUCUUCCAGGUCUUCCGCAACAUCAGCGGGAAGAGGACGUCCCUGCCGGCCAUGUCCAAAGCCCGGCGACUACAUUAUGAGGGCCUGAUCUUCCGGUUCAAGUUCCUGAUGCUGGUCACUCUGGCCUGUGCUGCCAUGACAGUCAUCUUCUUCAUCAUCAGCCAGGUGAACGAGGGUCACUGGCACUGGGGUGACUACACGUUGCAGGUGAACAGCGCCUUCUUUACUGGGAUCUACGGCAUGUGGAACCUCUACGUCUUCGCCAUCAUGUUCCUGUACGCACCCUCGCACAAGCGCUAUGGUGAUGAGCAGUCCAACGGUGAUCUUGGGGUGAACAGUGGAGAGGACAUCCAGCUGACCACCACCAUCACACACCUGGACGGCCCCACCGAGAUCUAUAAGAUGACUGGCAAAGAGGCCCAGGAGUAGAGCCUCCUCUUAUCUUCACUGUGCUCUGACUCCACCCACUCCCACCCGCCCUUUAUCCUUGUUCAACAAUUGAAACUUUAUUGGUACUUUUUAUUUUAUUUUUUUAUUUUUUUUCCUGGUCCAUGCAUUGCAAACACAAUUCCUAUUAAUAAUCCAAUCUAUGAACACCCGCUGGUGCUCAAACCGACGGUGUAAACGAUCCGUUUCGCACGACUGCCCCAUUUCUGAUAAAGCCCAGCUUUUAUAAAGGCUGUCUGACUUGCAGAUUUUAUCGGGUUGUUGAGAGGGAUGUAGCACCACCUGGUGGUAGAUUGAGGGAAAGGCACGGAGCUGGCACAGUGGUCUGUGGUACACCGCGUUGUUCUGAGGCUUUAGCUCUCCUUGUCUGAGGGGAAACCUACUAAAGCUGUUGGGAUUGUCGGGGAAGAAAGGGAACAGAUUAGCAGCGUUUCUUUUACUUUGGGGCACUUGCUGGCGGCCUGUCUUCCAUUCAGUAAUGCUUGAGAAAUGGGCCGUUUAUUUAGUUUCUCAAAUAUUUAACAUUCUCGUGCUACAUGUAUUACUCAAGUUUUAAAAGUUGACCACACUUUUGAAAUUACGGAAGAUGCCCUUGGUGUAAAACUUGUAUUACAGGCAUAUAAAUAAUAUCUUUUGCAAUUCACUGUAACCAUGCAGCAGAAUUUGCAGGCUUUGGUACCGCUGUACAUUAUAUGGCUACCACUUUGGAAUCAAAAGGAAACUUCCCCACCGCAUGUACCUAUGUAUGUACUUAUGGAGCUCUGUAUUACGCUUAAAACUACUGAGUUCAUUAAGGUCACAGAAAAGGUGUGGGAUCUUUGGCACUGAGCUUAAGUGCAUGGAUGUUCAGAAGGUCUUUAUAAACACGAAGCUCAUUAUGUUCUGAUGUAGAUAUAUUUUUUUAUAAAGUGCUCAUUUGUAUGCUUAGGGAAGACUUGCAUUUAGAUGUGUCACCAGUUGUCUGUUGGCAAAAUUCUUUUCAGGAUGUUUAAAGAUGUUUGUAUGACACGUGAGUGUAGAGUUUCGCUUUUUAUGCUAAUUUAAAUAAAACUUUUACUUCAUGCUGUUUUUCGUUGAAUUGCAUGAAGAUUUACUGCCAUUUCCCAAAUACACUUGUUUCAUUCCUAGUGUGGUCCAUUGUAUGUUGUCAUAGCAGGAAAGUCUGUUACCCUGUGUCCACAUCAAUGCACUUGCUUACUAUUGAGUACACAAGCCGUAUACAACUUGUAUAUUCAAUGGUAGGCAAGUGUGCUGAUUCUGAUUUGGCCUUAGUUUCAUUUGUGCCAGUAGGUAACAUUAGGUAACAAGAUGAGCAGUGCAUAGGAAUGUAAAAGCGGGACUGUUUGUCUGUGGUAUAGUAGCGACCCCUUGUGGUAAAACAAUACGUGACAAGGUAAAAUAGGUAAGAUUUAAAAUAAAAAAACAUUGUUACAAAA